AUUGCUUUUACUAAUACUUUCUUCUUUAAAAAAGAAGACUGUCUCCUUUAAAAACUAUGAACUUUCUGCUCUAAAAGUAGAGUCUCAAGAGUCAUUUGUGAAAGAACAUAAGAAUCCCCAGAACUUGGAAAUAAACACAGAUUGGUGUUUAUUUGUGUUAGUUUAAAUGUAGUAGCACUAUGUGUCAGAAAACUGAAUCUGUAACACUUAAGUUAGGGUAAGCAAGCAAAUAUCAACUAACAUGGCUUUAAUCUACUAAGUAACUUAAAAUCCAAAAGAUCAAAGGAAGUUAUAACUAAAAACAGUCCUUCAUGCAAUUUCCCUGUAGAAGCAGGAAAAGGCUAGAAAUUACAUGUCACCUUCAUAUCCUGGUUUGCUGACCUUGUGCUCAGAUCAAGCUCCUCUGUAUGCCAGCUGUUACCAUUAUUAAGACCUUGCCCUGAGGGGUUAAGUAGGAGAAAAACUCUUCUGUCCUAUUGGAGACCAAACACUGAAAGUUCCAGCCCCUAACACACCUAAUUCAAAGCAGUCUGCGUUUGCUUGUCAUUUAGUCUGUCCUGCCGCUCUGUGGAGCUGCUCCUGCCAACUCAUUGCUUUCUGUUGUGCUGUGUUCUGCGGGCGGUUACCGCUGUUGCUGCUGCAAUCAUUUGCAGCCCAAACUUAGCCAGAAAAGUUUCCUGUUUUAACAUAAAGGGUCAAGAAAUUGGAGCAUGGCUAUGAGCAAUGGAAACAAUGACUUUGUGGUUCUGAGCAAUGGCAGCAUUGCAACCAGUGCUACCAACCCAAGUGUCCUCACCCCCUGUGAGGGAGACCUUGCAUCCCUGCAGCUCACACCCAAAGAAGCAACAAGAACAAAAGUGAGUCCAAAUGGAUGCCUGCAACUUAAUGGCACAAUUAAAUCAUCCUUUCUGCCUUUAGAAAACCAAAGAAUGCCUCAGAUGUUAUCCCAAUGCUGCCAUUCUUGCCCAUACCAUCACCCUUUGACUAGCCAUACUAGUCACCAAGAGUGCCAUCCUGAGGCUGGCCCUGCAGCACCCUCUGCAUUAGCCUCAUGUUGCAUGCAGCCACACUCCGAAUAUUCUGCAUCUCUUUGUCCUCAUCAUUCACCUGUGUAUCAGACUGCGUGCUGUCUUCAGCCCUCUCCAUCCUUCUGCCUGCAUCAUCCGUGGCCUGACCAUUUUCAGCAUCAGCCUGUGCAACAGCACAUAGCCAACAUAAGACCAUCCAGACCUUUCAAGUUGCCAAAAAGUUAUGCAGCCCUGAUAGCUGACUGGCCAGUGGUGGUCUUGGGCAUGUGCACUGUGUUUAUCGUGGUCUGUGCCUUGGUUGGAGUGUUAGUGCCAGAGCUUCCUGACUUCUCUGAUCCAUUGCUGGGUUUUGAACCAAGAGGUACUGCAAUAGGCCAGAGGCUGGUCACGUGGAAUAAUAUGGUGAAAAAUACAGGAUACAAAGCAACGUUAGCAAAUUACCCUUUCAAAUAUGCAGAUGAACAAGCCAAAAGCCAUCGGGAUGAUAGAUGGUCAGAUGAUCGCUACGAAAGAGAGAAAAGAGAGGUUGACUGGGACUUCCACAAGGACAGCUUUUUCUGUGACGUUCCAAGUGACCGAUAUUCCAGAGUGGUAUUUACUUCAGCUGGAGGGGAGACACUGUGGAAUUUACCUGCAAUUAAAUCAAUGUGCAAUGUAGAUAAUUCCAGGAUCAGAUCUCAUCCCCAGUUUGGAGAUCUCUGCCAGAGGACCACUGCUGCUUCCUGCUGCCCCAGCUGGACGCUGGGGAACUACAUUGCCAUUCUCAACAACAGAUCAUCCUGUCAGAAGAUUGUCGAGCGAGAUGUUUCUCAUACCUUGAAGCUGCUUCGAACCUGUGCCAAGCACUACCAGAAUGGCACCCUGGGGCCGGACUGCUGGGACAUGGCAGCCAGGAGAAAGGACCAGCUCAAGUGCACCAACGUGCCGCGCAAGUGUACCAAGUACAACGCUGUGUACCAGAUCCUGCAUUACCUGGUGGACAAAGACUUCAUGACCCCAAAGAUGACUGACUAUGCCAUGCCAGCUCUAAAAUACAGCAUGCUCUUCUCACCCACAGAGAAGGGGGAGAGCAUGAUGAACAUUUACUUGGACAACUUCGAAAACUGGAACUCUUCUGACGGCGUGACUACCAUCACCGGGAUUGAGUUUGGCAUCAAACACAGUUUGUUUCAGGAUUAUCUUCUCAUGGAUACUGUGUAUCCUGCCAUAGCCAUUGUGAUUGUCCUUCUAGUCAUGUGUGUCUAUACUAAGUCCAUGUUCAUCACUCUGAUGACAAUGUUUGCAAUCAUCAGUUCCUUGAUUGUUUCCUAUUUUCUCUAUCGUGUAGUAUUUAACUUUGAAUUUUUUCCCUUCAUGAACCUCACUGCGCUCAUUAUUUUGGUUGGAAUUGGAGCAGAUGAUGCUUUUGUUCUGUGUGAUGUUUGGAACUACACCAAAUUUGACAAGCCUCACGCCGAAACCUCAGAAACAGUGAGCAUCACCUUGCAACACGCUGCCCUCUCCAUGUUCGUUACGAGUUUUACCACUGCCGCUGCCUUUUACGCUAACUAUGUUAGCAACAUUACAGCAAUCAGAUGCUUUGGGAUUUACGCGGGGACAGCUAUAUUGGUGAAUUAUGUUCUGAUGGUCACAUGGCUACCAGCAGUUGUUGUACUGCAUGAGCGAUAUCUUCUUAAUAUAUUCAGUUGCUUCAAAAAGCCCCAGCAGCAAAUAUAUGAUAACAAAAGCUGCUGGACAGUGGCUUGCCGGAAGUGCCACAAAGUACUUUUUGCUAUUUCAGAAGCAUCUCGUAUUUUUUUUGAAAAAGUGUUGCCAUGCAUCGUCAUUAAGUUUCGCUACCUUUGGCUGUUCUGGUUCCUUGCCUUAACGGUAGGUGGGGCCUACAUUGUAUGUAUAAAUCCAAAGAUGAAACUGCCCUCCUUGGAGUUAUCUGAGUUCCAGGUGUUCAGGUCGUCUCACCCUUUUGAGCGCUAUGAUGCUGAGUACAAAAAGCUUUUCAUGUUUGAACGUGUUCACCACGGUGAGGAGCUCCACAUGCCCAUCACAGUAAUCUGGGGUGUGUCCCCGGAAGACAAUGGCAAUCCACUAAAUCCCAAGAGUAAAGGGAAGCUGGCAUUAGAUAGCAGUUUUAACAUUGCUAGCCCAGCUUCCCAGGCCUGGAUUUUGCACUUCUGCCAAAAACUGAGAAACCAAACAUUCUUUUACCAGACUGAUGAACAGGACUUCACCAGCUGCUUCAUUGAGACCUUCAAGCAGUGGAUGGAAAACCAGGACUGUGACGAGCCUGCCCUGUACCCCUGCUGCAGCCACUGGAGCUUCCCCUAUAAGCAAGAGAUUUUUGAACUGUGCAUCAAGAGAGCUAUCAUGGAGCUGGAAAGGAGUACGGGGUACCAUUUGGAUAGCAAAACCCCAGGGCCAAGAUUUGAUAUCAAUGACACUAUCAGGGCAGUAGUGCUAGAAUUCCAAAGUACCUAUCUCUUCACACUGGCUUAUGAGAAGAUGCAUCAGUUUUAUAAAGAGGUGGACUCAUGGAUUUCCAGUGAACUGAGUUCAGCACCUGAGGGCCUAAGCAAUGGUUGGUUUGUCAGCAAUCUGGAAUUCUAUGACCUCCAGGACAGCCUCUCCGACGGCACCCUCAUUGCCAUGGGCCUGUCUGUGGCUGUUGCAUUUAGCGUGAUGCUGCUGACAACUUGGAACAUCAUUAUAAGCCUUUAUGCCAUCAUUUCAAUAGCUGGAACUAUAUUUGUCACUGUUGGUUCUCUUGUCUUGCUGGGCUGGGAACUAAAUGUUUUGGAGUCUGUCACCAUUUCAGUUGCCGUUGGCUUGUCCGUAGACUUUGCCGUCCAUUACGGGGUCGCGUACCGCUUGGCUCCAGAUCCUGACCGGGAAGGCAAGGUGAUCUUCUCUCUGAGCCGCAUGGGCUCUGCGAUCGCCAUGGCCGCCCUCACCACCUUCGUGGCCGGGGCCAUGAUGAUGCCAUCCACAGUCCUGGCGUACACCCAGCUGGGCACCUUCAUGAUGCUCAUCAUGUGCAUCAGCUGGGCCUUUGCCACCUUCUUUUUCCAGUGCAUGUGUCGGUGCCUUGGGCCACAGGGUACCUGUGGUCAGAUUCCUUUACCUAAAAAACUACAGUGCAGUGCCUUUUCUCAUACUUUGUCUGCAAGUUCUGGUGACAAAGGACAAAGCAAAACACAUACCAUGAAUGCUUAUCAUUUAGAUCCCAGGGGGCAAAAAUCUGAACUGGAGCAUGAGUUUUAUGAAUUAGAACCUCUGGCAUCCCACAGCUGCACUGCCUCUGAGAAAACCGCUUAUGAAGAGACCCACAUCUGCUCUGAAUUUUUCAACAGCCAACCAAAGAAUUUAGGGAUGCCUGUGCAUGUGGCUUACAGCAGUGAGCUCAGCAAAAGUAGCAAACGUGACACUGGCUCUGCCCUGCUACAGCCCUCUCUCGAACAGCACACCACGUGCCAUUUCUUCUCUCUGAAUCAGAGAUGUAGCUGCCCACACGCCUACAGACACUUGAAGUAUGGCCCACACUCUUGCCAGCAGAUGGGAGACUGUUUGUGCCACCAGUGUCCUCCUGCCGCUAACAGCUUUGUCCAGAUCCAAAACGGCGUGGCGCCACUGAAGGCCACACAGCAAGCCUCGGAGGGCCUUGUGCACCCCAUCCCACACAUCCACCACCGCCCCUGCCUGCAGGGCGGAGUGAAGCCCCCUGGAAUGCAGAGUUCUCUGCCUAGGGAUCUCUUCCUCCACCCUGUGCAGCACAUUCAGGCCCAAGGAGAGAUGGGGAAGGCCAGUGCACACGGUCUUCAGAGCAUGGACGAGCAUCUUCCAAAGGUGGCAGAGCCGCCAUCGCUCGGCUCCAGGAGCACUGGAUCUUGGCACAAAGCAUGUUGUGACCCUGAGAAUAAACAAAGGGGACUCUGUAAAAAUAGAGAUGUUGGAAAUAUGGAGAGCAGCGGAGGGACGGAGGACAAGGCUUCUAGCUCAGCAAAUCAGACCAGCACGGCAGGAGGGAAGGCGGAGCUGCGCUUGCCACAGACUGAUGGAAUUGCGAACUCAGCACAUUUAAAUCAGAGUGAACCAAAACUCAUAUUUAACCAUUUAGUGGGGGAAGCUGGUUAUAGGUCCUGCCCAAACAACCCACGAAGCUGUGGCAGAAUUGUGAGAGUGAAGUGCAAUUCUGUGGACUGUCAAAUGCCAAACAUUGAAGCCAGUGUGCCUGCUGUAUUAACACACUCGGAACUUUCUGGUGAAAGUCUGUUAAUAAAAACACUAUAA